UGUUAACGUUGGCUUAACAAACCUGUUUCAUACCUCUAUUCUAGACUUAAUUUAUUAAUAUACCGUAACUGAAUUCAAACAGCUUUAAAUAAUCUAAUAUAAAUGAUGGAAAUAUUUUUUUGAUUACGUUAAACAACGUGAAAUGUGAGUUGAAUGAUCUUAGAAUAUGAUUAAGUCCUGUUGGUGUGCUUUGCAGCGUAAGACGUAAUCCUGCGCCGUUGCUGGCGUCAUUACGGUAGAAUGCCCCUCUUUUAGAGUCGGUACGGUAACCUACAGCCGCAGUCAUUGACGUGUGUUUAUGUCACAGUUGUGCUGCGACGCUGCUCGACUCUGCUGCUUUCAGCUCGUUGCCCGGUGUUAAAGUUGGACUUUGUUCCGCUGCUGCCAGCUCCUCUGCAUCAAGGUGAUCGUCGACUCCAAACGAGGCUGCUGGGCCUGACUCUCCUCCUGCAGUCAUCGCAUCUGAACGGAUUACCUGCGGAGUGGAAAACGUAGAAGUUUGGGUUCAUGCCGGAUUUCGAGCACUUCAGAUUCUCCUACUCCAGCAUGAAUCCGGUCCUGGGGGAGGGCGCUUUCUUGGGCCCACACCAGCACCACCAGCAGCUGCCGGGCCAGACCGACUCCGCCAUCCCGGACCCCGGCUACUUCCUGGGGGACCACGGGGGCCUCGGGGCGGACGGGCUGCCCGGCCUGGACCUGGGCGCCUUCCCGUCCUCCAGCUUUGCUUACCUGCACCUGAGCAACCCGCUGCACCGCGUCCCCCCGGCGGCCACGGCGCUGCGGAACGACCUGGGCUCCAACAUCAGCGUGCUGAAGACCCUGAACCUGCGCUUCCGCUGCUUUCUGGCCAAAGUGCACGAGCUGGAGCGCAGGAACAAGGUGUUGGAGAAGCAGCUGCAGCAGGCGCUGGAGGGCGGCAGCGGAGCAGACGGGCACCAGAGGCCUCUGAUGAAGGAGAUGGGGGUCCAGACGGGCUUCAUCGGGCCCAUUCCAGGUAGACCGGGUCUGAUCUCGCUCCAGAACGCCAACAACUCGGCCUUCCUGCCUGGAGGCCUCCUCUCCCCAACCCUGAACCCGCUCUACGACAACAAGUACUCACUGGGGAACAACCUCAACCCGUUCUCCGCCUCCACAGACUCCAACUCCAACCUCACCACGCCCUGGUGCUCCUCCAGCCCGGCUCUGAGCCCCAGCGACCCGUCCAGAGCCCUAAUUAACGUCAAUGACAAGUACGGCGUUCACAGUGGGACCAGUACCCACAGCACCCCUCCGCCUCCACGCUUCCUGCCUGCGGCCGUCUGGUCCUUCGGCCACAGCCGCCGGUCUGGCGCCAGCAGGGAGCCGGGCGUCAGCGGACCCGGCGCCUCCUGGACCCACCCGGAGGGCGUGGGAGUCCAGAUCGACACCAUCACGCCGGAGAUCAGGGCUCUGUACAACGUGCUGGCCAAGGUGAAGCGGGAGCGAGACGAGUACAAGAGGAGGUGAGCGUGUGCUCUGCUUUGUGUGUCCUCGCUCAGGUGAUGCAUCACCUGUGUGACCUGAAAUAAUGUGCAACUACACGGUUGUGAGUUUUUCCAUCAGCGGCGCCGAACAAACGCAGGUUCUUAAAAAGCAGGAAGUUUACUCUUGUUGUCUCUUAUUGCUGUCACUCACCACUCGUGACUGUUACACGCCAUGGAUUAACCACAUGCACAACGUUGAGCUGUUCAACCUGAGCUUUUAUUAUAUGCAGCAAAUGCAAACGUCACAGUAGCAACAAAGCACAACCCUGGUUGUUUGCCUCCUGUUCCACCGCUUUAUUCAUCGAUCCCCCUAAAAGCUCAAACAUCGAUUGAGUGGAUGAUAACAAUUUGUCGCUCCCCAGUUUUGGCCCAACGCUCUUAAAGGGGAGGCUCCUGCUAAUCUUUCCCGGGUCACUGAGAGCAUAGCUGGAAAUCAAUGAGCUGCUCUGCUUGGUGGCAGGUUUCUGGCUUCACACGGCUCCAUCAAGCUUUUCUCCUGAGGUCCUCAAAAAAAGUGCAGCAAAAGCUCGGCGUCCAUCGUUGAUGAAUAGAUGCUUGUUUUAGCUGGUUCCAAACAGAAUCUGGCUCAGUGUUUAUCAUCCUACAUGAAAGUCAGCACUUCUUUCAUACACGAUUAUGGUUUGCUCUGUUGUGUAUUGAGCAGGUUUGUGUUGUGGUAUAUGUGAUAGUUUGACCGAACCUUUUUGUGUCUGCACAUUUACAGUGUUCUGUUUGUGUUAGGCUGAAAAGCCCU